AUGUCUUCAACGUUCAACAUCCUCGAACGACUGACAAGCCUGUCCACCGCUCUUGACCUCUCCACACUCCCGCAUGACAGUCCUACAACCCAAUACCUCAUAAUUGUGUAUUCUAUGGUUGAGAACGGCUGGCUUGCGCUUCUCACAGGCCUUUCCUUCGUUAUCUCGACAAAUCUGACAGAGCUCUUCAUAGAUGUUCUUAGCAGCUAUCAAGCUUUGACGAACAUUGCGGGAAUGCUCACCCUCAGCACUCCUCACAACACAUUGUUCAACCUGCUUUCCAAAUUUGCAAUACCUUCGCGGGUAGUGUCCAGCGGGGAGUCCUAUGUUGAACCUCCGAUGCUCAGAACAUCAGCAGAUAACCUGAGGUUGACAGCACCUACCCAAGUUCCAGGACUUUCCGAGUGA